AGAUUUGUUUACUUUAUAAAUAAAAAGGAGACAUAACAACAACAAUAAAAGAAUAUAUUAUUAUCAUUAUAUUAAAACAUACAAACAAUGUCUACAACUAUUGAUGACAAUGAUAGUCAACGGUAUGGAUGUGUGGAAAGUUGUGGCCGUUUACUUGAGUCACUACAUAUGGCCAACAAAAUGCAGACCACUUAUCGACUAAUGACAUCUGAUUAUAUCUACCGACGCGAUCAUAACCUCUCGAUACAAUGCGGUCUAUUAGAAGAUGGCUAUCCAUUGAUGAAAUUUUGUCAGAUAAGGCCUAACGAUUGGGAUACCAUUAAUUAUGUCCUAAUAUAUCCCAUACGGGAAAAUCGUUUCUAUACUAUUGAGUAUACGGUCGACGAAAGACUUAUAGCGGCCGCCAAAGGGCUAAACUGUGGACUAAAAUAUUGCGGACGAGUCAUAUACUUUGCAUCUAUUAUUACUGACAUCGUUAGGGUCUAUAAGGCCUACGAUUUGGACAGUCAGGGCAUCGGUAGCAACGGAAUUGCGACAAAUACUGAUCAUAAAACUGAGACCAAUGUAUUGCCUGUAAGGACUGUUAGAACACUGGCAUCGAUAGCUGGCGGCUGGGCUGGCGGUGCUACCGGUGCCAGUAUCGGUAGUUGGUUGGGCAACCAUUUGGGCAUCAAUUUGGCCGACCGCAUGGACGAUAGCAAAGCGGCCGUAUUGUUGCCGCCGUUGGGCGCCGUUAUCGGCAGUUUAGUUGGCUCAGUGAUUGGUACGACCAAAACGAGUACAGCCGCCGAUUAUUUUGCUCAAAAGUGCAUCGAUUGGUAUUCAAAUAAAUAGAUAAUAUUAUUAUUAUUAUAAAAA